AAUGACUCUGUGGCUGUGCACGGCACAUGCACUGCGCCCCGAAUCCUUCCUUCCCACUCACCACCCAGUUACGCAUAAGGCUGACCCAGGCAGCACCAUUCCCCAGAAUUGUAGAUAGUACUCCGAUCAUAUUUCAUCAAAUCUAUCCAAAAUCAAAGAUAAAAGAACAAACAAACGCUUCUACUUUACCAGAAAACACAAGUCAGAUCAAAAUGGGCCUCCCACCACCCACCGAACCAACCCCUCCGUAUGAAGAGACGGAAUCGACUAGCCGCCACAAUCACAAGUACACCACCCUCACUCAAGCCAACGAUGACCCCGAAAUCCAACUCCCAUCAUUCCAUGAACAUGAUCAUGGAGACGGCCCUACCACGUCCUUGAUCCCGGGCGCUACCCCCCAAGAGCACUCUCACUGCGAAGUGUGCGAGCGAACUAUCAUUCGUCGAGAGAGACGACAAGCUCAUGCAGACUGCUGUCGCAUAGUAGCGAUGGUGUUUGUGGUCAUGUUUGUGUGUAUGAUGAUACUGGGGAUUGUUAUUGCCAAGGCGGCGUCGGGACGGAAAUGAUGGGUAAUCUGUCUAUUCUGAAGGUAUAUAAAGGCAUAUCUACUGGUUACAUGGGUUGGUUUUGCGUCGUUGUAUAAUCAGGAGUGAGUGGGAUUUAUUAGGGAAGAACUUCGUUGGUUCGCAAACUUCUAUAUAGUACGCCACCUGUUUGUCUGGUGCUGGUAUUAAGCAGGGCUGAAAGGGAUUUAUAAUUGGCUGAGGUGGUUCCCAACAACAUGUUAGUUGAGCCAUAGUAGUUGAAAGCGUACCUAGGAAUGCCACGAGGAGUGAAGCGGAGUCUUCGUCCCCAAAUCAAAAGAGUCGCUUUGAUUCUUGAUAUUUGCUGCACGCCAUCACCACCCUCCUAUCUUGGCCCUCUCCAAUCUCAGAACGCUCCCCAGAUUUAUAGACCGAUAAAUGAUAC